UUGUGAGUAACUCAGUUCAAUUUCUCAGCAUUGAAUGCUUGGAUUUUUAGUGAUCACUGGAGAUUUUGUCUCAGAUCUGCCCUGACAUUGGGAAGUUCAUUUACAAUCUGUGGUCUGAAUGGGGGCAUAGUUUUAUAUGCUUACAAAUGCGAGAAUUGGACGAGGCAUGCACCUUGACCUGGUGCCAUCGCCGGCGGCGCUGAGCCCGGCCGCCGGCAUGGAGGAGGCCGAGGUGGUCAACGAGGGCUGGCUCAUCAAGUCACCACCGCAGAAACGUUUCCCCAGAGCGAAGUGGCGGCGGCGCUACUUCCUGCUGCGCCGUUCCGGCGCGCUGCCCGCGCAGUACGUGCUCGAAUACUUCAGCGACGAGAGCAAGCGCAAGCUCAAGGGCAAGAUCGAGCUGGACCAGUGCGAGCAGGUGGACGCCGGCCUGACGCUGGACUCGCGCAAGCACCAGUACGACUUCAUGUUCGACAUCCGCACGCCCAAGCGCACCUUCUACCUGGCGGCCGAGUCAAAGGCGCUGAUGGAGCGCUGGGUGGACUGCAUCUGCCGCGUCUGCGGCCUCAAGGUCUAUCCGCGCGACGGCAAUGACGACGGUUCGGCGCCGCCGCCGGCGCCCGACUCGAGCCCGCUGCCGCGCGCCGCCGACGCCGGCAGCGAGGCGGACGACUCGGACUCGCCGCCCGUCUCGCCGUCGUCGCCGAGCAGCGUGUCGGGCCCGUACAUCCCGAUCACUCGGUGCUGGAUAACCCUGUCUGGACGCGCGCUCACCGCUGGCGCCGGCGGGCAGGUCAACUGGGAGACGUACCCUGGCCAGUCUCAGCACACGCGGAGCAACAGCAUGCCGGAGACGGUCAAGGGCGGCGUCAACAAGGCCGAGCAGCUCAAGCAGGGACCGCCGCGGCCGCCCAAGCCGCCCCAUCUACAGGGCCAGGAGGCGGCCUCCACGCACAACUACCAGAACUUCGAGGAGCUGCGCUCGCCGCGCCUCUCGGACACCGAGUCGGCCACGCCGCGCACGCCCACCACCGUGCCGGCCGACGACAUGUACGACUUCCCGCGGCCGCUGGACCGCACCAGCGGCCGGCGCCGCAACUGCUACGCCGGCGCUGCGCCCGGCCAGAUAUUUAACUACGACUUCUCGGAGCGGCCGCCGCCGGCACCCGUCGUCAACCGGACGCUCAAGCCGCGAAAGGCGUACCACUACACGGACGGCGGACGGCCGCUCCACGAGGUGCAGUACCUGGACCUGGACCUGGGCGAGACGGGCGAGACGGGCUCGCCGCGCUCGCCGGCCAAGACGCCGCUCGGCCGCGAGGCCUCCACUGGCACCGUCUACAAGACUGUCGACUUCGUCAAGACGGAGGCGUUUAACAAGACGCGCCAGAGCGUCGAGCUGGAGCGCACCAAGACGGACGGGCCGGCGCCGCUCUCGCGCAGCUCCGUCGACGCGUUCGGCAUAUGA